CGAGCGCUCGGCCGAUCGGCUGCUCCGACUGCGCUGCCCGUUGCUAGGCAGUUUGCACGCAGUUGCCGUGGUUACGGCUCGCCUGCCAUGGAGCCCGACAAGAGAAGAACCAGAGAAGAUACCUGGAAAUCAGAUGAACUGAAGAAACAUCUUAGGGUGUCACAAUCAGAUAGUCAGUCUGAAGACAAGAAACACAAAGAAAAGAAAUUGCAAAGAGAGAGAGAGAUUCAUGACACGGUUGAUUACAAAGGAUACAGAGAUCAAGACAAAGACCGAGGAAAGACCAAAGAAAGGACGGGAGAAAGAGAAAGAUUUAAAUCUAGUGAGAGAGACAGGGAAAAAUUGCGGGAGAGAGAAAGGGGAAAAGAUCAUCACAGAGAACGAGAGAGAGAGAAAGUUAAAGAUAAAGAUGCAGAGAAGGAAAAAUAUAGUACAAGAAGAGAAAAAGAAAAGGAGAGUGAUAAGGAAGCACAAAGAAAACAAAAAAGGGAUCAUUUGAAGCAGAUGCUUAUACAGAGUGACCAGAGGGCACAUGAAGGAAGGGAAAAGGGCCAUCACAGAAGGAGAGGGAGCAAGGAUCAUUUAGAAGACAACACAAAAGCGAGAGAUGAAGAGAAAGAAAGAAGUCAUACAGAAAGAAAGAAUAGCAGCAGCAAAGAUGCUCUUGACAAAUUUUUAACAUAUAGAGAUGAAGGUGAACGUAGGCAUAUGUCACAUAAAGAUCAAGACAGAGAGAGGAGGCACAGAGAAAAAAGAGAACAUGAACAUUCAGUUAAGGCAGGAAGAGAAAGACACUCAAAAGACACAAGUCAUAAGUCCUUUGAAAAGCAUGUGGAAGAAAAACAUGAAGCAAAGAGACGUCAAGAAGGAUAUUACUAUGAAAGUAGAGAAAGCCAACCAAGGGAGAACAGUGAAAGAAGGCUAGGAGAGGAAAGUGAAAGAAAGAAGAGGGAUCUUAAGAACAGUGAGCACAAAAACCAAGAACAGAGCCCAAGACAAGAUAUAGAAAUCAGCUACAAGCACAAAAGGAGUGUGAAAGAUACAGAAAAGAGUUAUGCAAAGGGAAAAAAAGAGGAUACAAAACAGGAAAUUGAAGAAGUAAACACAUACAGUGCAGAGGCAGGUUAUAACUAUUCAACAAAUUAUGAAGAUGAUUUUGAAGAUUAUGAAGAUGACUUUGAUGAUGAUGAUGAUGAUGAUGAUGAAGGCAAUGAUAGUGAGGACAGAGAUGCAAAACACCAGCCACAAGCAAUUCCUGUUUCCAAAAACUUAGAAAUAGAAGAAAUUCAAAGAGCAAUUAAUGCAGAAAAUGAGAGAAUUGGUACCUUACUGCCAAAGCAAAUCCUAAAAGAUGAUGAAAGGGAACCAGUCAUGGCUUUACAAUACUAUGUAGAAAGGCAAUAUUCUUCUGCCAGAGGGUCUCAUUGUGGAAUGUUUAUGGAUUUUGAAAUGGCAAACCAACGACAAAGUAACCGAAACACAGCCAGUAAGCAGAAGACACGUAGUUCAGAACUACUCCGACUAAUUGAUCUGGACUUUUCAGUCAGCUUUUCUUUACUCGAUUUGCCUCCAAUGAAUGAAUACGAAAUGUACAUCAGGAACUUUGGCAAAAGAAACACCAAACAGGCAUAUGUUCAAUGCAAUGAGGAUAAUCUUGAGAGAGACAUUCAGACUGAUGAAACAGAGACUCUAGAAAAAUGGACACAGCAUCCAGGAGCAAGUGCCAUUGUAUCGGGAGGUCCCAGAAGCAACAGUGAUGUGUCUGUGGAUGUUGGUCUAACACCUAAAAUCGAUUCACAGAGAUUAGCAAACUUUCUCCGGUCUGCUUGUCAGGUGAUUGCUGUUUUGCUUGAGGAAGAUCGAGUUGCAACACAGCCAAGGUGGAACCUAAGAUCUAGACAGACUAGUCUGUCUAUUAGUGAUAGUUGCUUUCAGUUAAAUACUAAUCAACCAUUCCUCCAUGAUCGAAAAGUCUCCUGUCUGCACGUCUCUCAGGUUCAAAGGCAGGCAUUACUUUCUGUUCAUGGGUUACCUAAAAAGCCAGCUGCCAUUCUACUGAACAGGAAGUAUAUCAUAUGCGUAUGGAAUGUCUGGCAGCCUUCCAGCCCUCAGAAAGUCCUAGUUUGUGACUCCGAGGUAAUAUGCUGCUGCUUUAGUCCCAAUAAAGCAACUUUAGUAUUUGCUGGAACAGUGGAUGGUUCUUUGUUAGUGUGGGAUCUCAGGGAAGACUCAAGACUGCAUCAUUGUAUGAAGUUCAAUGAAACUGACUGGAUAUUUAGAGCUCCAACAUUUUCCACUGAUGGUGUUCUCACCUCAGUAAACCACACAUGUUCUGUACAAGCAAUAGAACCUGUUUCAACAUCUGUCUACAAGGAACAGAGUUCCUGUGGGCUCUCAGGCCUCUCUUCUCAAGAAGAAAUGUCAGGCCUUUCAUUCCAGAUAGCUUCAAUCGAUGAAAGUGGGAUUCUGAAUCUAUGGGUUGUAGUUGAAUUACAAAAAGUGGAUAUAGCUGGUUCACAAAGUGAUUUAGGUUUAAUUCCUGGUGGGAAAGUAAAAUUGGUACAUAGCUCUACUGUUCAGUUGAAUGACAGGCUUUUCCCAAAAGAUAGGAUGUGCCUGAAGACACCCCUGACUCUGAAUAUUAAGUUUCAGCCUUCUAAUCCUAAUCAUUUUAUUGUUGGGACAAAUAUUGGUCUGGUAAGUCAUGGCACAAGACAUGACUUAAGAAUACCUCCAAAGCUAUUCAAACCUCAGCAGGGUGGACCACGAUCAGUAAGAGUCAAUGCAGUUGAUUUCUCCCCUUUUGGAAAACCAAUAUUUUUGGUUGGCUGUUCAGAUGGAAGCAUUAGAUUGCACCAGAUGACAUCGGAGUAUCCCCUCCUGCAGUGGAAUGACAGCACGGAUGGCCAGCCAGUUAUUGCCCUUCAGUGGGCUCUAACGAGACCUGCUGUAUUUUUAGUCCUGGAUGCAUCAUCUAAUGUUUAUGUGUGGGACCUGCUGGAAAAUGACUUGUGGCCUGUAGCCAAACAAAUUAUUCAGUCUGAUAGGGUUCUGACCAUGGCUGUACUGGGUGAACCAGAAAAAAAAAACGGGCUCUUGGGGAUUGUACUGGCCAAAGAAUCUGGAAUAAUAGACAUCCAGUAUAUAAAAAAGAAGUGGGCCUUACUUCAGUCUGAAGAGUCAGAGAAACUACAUUUGCUUUUGCAGCAAUCCUUAUAGAAGCAAAUAAAUUUCCUCUCUUUGAGUAUACAAAUGUGGCUAAUUACAUUUAGAUUCUUUAUUAUAUUACGACUGUAAUUAAAAGAUUUAUAAUUUAAGAUAUUUUCCAUUUGUAUUGUGUAUACUGUAUAUACUGCCAAGAAUAUCAGUACAGAAUUUUGGGUGAAGAAAUGCAAUAUUUUUAAUAAUUAUAAAAAUGACAGAGCACAGCCUGAAGGGAAGAUAAAUUGUAUUUACUUUCAUAUGAUAUGGGUUUGUAGACAUUUAUUAUUUAUAGAUAUUUUUCAAUAAAAUUUUAAAAACAGA